CGAUAAGGACCUCCAGGGGCUCGGCCGCGCCUGGGCUCUGCGAUAAGGCGGGCGGUGCAGGGGGUCGCGGGGCGCCGCAGGGAGGCGCGGCGUCAGGAGGUCACAGCGCGGCCACGAGGGACUGGGGCCGGGGACCCAGGUUGGGGGCCGGGCUUGGGCGGGGCGUCCGGCUGUGUCACGCCCGCCUCCCUCCCGGGGCCAGGGCCGCUAAAAUGGCGGCGGCGGCGGCGACACCGUCCCGCACAGGGCCCGGGGUCCUGGUCGCCGUGCCGGGGGCCCACUAGCGCCUUCCUGGGCGCCCGCGUCCUGGCCGCGUCCUGGCCCCUGGGGCGCUCGAGCGGGGCCCCUGGGGCCCUCGGUCGGCCCUCUCGGCGCGCCCAUGAACUCCGUGUCGCCGGCCGCAGCUCAGUACCGGAGCGGCAGCCAGGAGGACGCGCGCAGCCCCGAGGGCCGCAGGCCACGGCGCCCCCGAACCCCGGACCCCAACGGCCUGGGGCCCUCCGGAGCCAGCGGCCCCGCUCUUGCGUUGCCCGGUACAGGCCCGGGGGAGCCGGACGAAGUGGACAAGUUUAAAGCGAAGUUCCUGACAGCCUGGAACAACGUCAAGUACGGUUGGGUAGUCAAAAGCCGGACCAGCUUUAGCAAGAUUUCCAGCGUCCACCUCUGUGGCCGCCGCUACCGCUUCGAGGGCGAGGGUGACAUCCAGCGUUUCCAGCGGGACUUUGUAUCUCGCCUAUGGUUCACAUACCGCCGGGACUUCCCACCUCUCGCUGGGGGCUGCCUGACCUCCGACUGUGGCUGGGGAUGCAUGUUACGGAGUGGGCAGAUGAUGCUAGCUCAGGGACUGCUGCUGCACUUCCUGCCCAGAGACUGGACGUGGUCCCUGGGCGCGGGCCUGGGCCCCCCUGAGCCAUCGGGGUUAGCCUCUCCCAACCGGUACCGUGGGCCUGCCCACUGGAUGCCUUCACGCUGGGCCCAGGCUGCCCCUGAGCCGGAGCAGGAGCACCGGCACCGGCAGAUUGUAUCCUGGUUCGCUGACCAUCCCCGGGCCCCCUUCGGCCUACACCGGCUGGUGGAGCUUGGGCAGAGCUCGGGCAAGAAGGCGGGUGACUGGUAUGGUCCGUCCCUGGUGGCGCACAUACUCAGGAAAGCUGUGGAGAGCUGCUCAGAGGUCACCCGCCUGGUGGUGUACGUUUCUCAGGACUGCACAGUGUACAAGGCGGAUGUGGCACGCCUGGUGGCCAGGCCAGACCCCACAGCUGAGUGGAAGUCCGUGGUCAUCCUGGUGCCAGUGCGGCUGGGUGGUGAGACUCUCAACCCCGUGUACGUGCCCUGCAUGAAGGAGCUCCUGCGUUCAGAGCUGUGCCUUGGCAUCAUGGGGGGCAAGCCACGCCACUCGCUGUACUUCAUUGGCUAUCAGGAUGACUUCCUCCUCUACCUGGACCCUCACUACUGCCAGCCCACUGUGGAUGUCAGCCAGGCUGACUUCCCCCUAGAGUCCUUCCAUUGCACCUCACCCCGCAAGAUGGCCUUUGCCAAGAUGGACCCGAGCUGUACUGUGGGGUUCUAUGCUGGAGACAGGAAGGAGUUUGAGACGCUCUGCUCAGAGCUGACCAGGGUCCUCAGCUCCUCCUCAGCCACAGAGCGAUACCCCAUGUUCACCCUGGUUGAGGGCCACGCUCAGGACCACAGCCUGGACGACCUCUGCUCCCAGCCCUCCCAGCCGACACUGCGGCUCCCUCGCACAGGCCGGCUCCUCAAGGCUAAACGCCCAAGCUCUGAGGACUUUGUGUUUUUAUAAAGGGAGGGGAUGAGGGAGAAGACAUGACCCUAUUUAUUUUUUUAUUUAUGUCACUCUGGGUGUGGGAGCUUGAACUCCCCCCCUGACAAGUGCAGCUGAGAGCAGUCCAGGAAGCCUCCGGGCCGGGGCCAUUCAGCCGGGUACAGAGCCUGCACACCUGCCUCCCACCAGCCAGGCCCUCCUCACUGGGCAGGGAGGGAGGGCCCCCGGGCACCCACUCAGGGCCUGACUCAGUACUGUAGUUUGCACUGGACCGUCCAUGCCCCUCACCGGUCCCAACGCCCCCAUCCUGCCAAGGGCUGGUGGGAGGGAGGAGGGGCUGUGACCAAUGGGGGCUAAUAAAGCCGUUUGACUUGA